CUCUCUCUCUCUCUCUCUCUCUCUCUCUCUCUCUCCUCCCCCUCUCUCCCUCUUUCCCUCUGUGUUUUUCUCCAGAGACCUCCAGUUUUUGAACACCACACUGUUCUUACCUCCUGGCCCUCCACCCCACACACACAAACAGAGAGAAGCUCAGGAGCCAUGUCUCCUCUUCGUUUACCCCUGUUGGCUGUACUGGUCAGUGUGGCCCUGUGCCAGUAUUAUGAAGACGACUACCAGCCUGUUUCCAUGCUGGGACCCUCAGGGCCCAACUGUCAUCAAGAAUGCGAGUGCCCCAUCCUCUUCCCCUCUGCCAUGUAUUGUGACAACCGCAAGCUCAAGUUCGUUCCCGUAGUCCCAUCAGGCAUCAAGUACCUGUACCUCCAGAACAACCAGAUUGAAGAGAUCAAGGCUGGAGUGUUUGAUAACGUUACUGCGGAACUUCGCUGGCUCAUACUUGACAACAACCAGAUCACUAAUGCUAAAAUAGCAAAGGGAACAAUCGACAAACUCACUGGCCUGGAGAAGCUGUAUUUCAGCUACAACAACCUCGAAGAGCCAAUCAUCCCUCCCUCAAAGGCCCUCGAAGAGCUGAAGAUGAUGAAUAACAAGUUGUCCAAGUUCCCCUCUGGACUUCUGUCCGACAAAGAGAAUUUGACCUCCAUCAACCUUCAGCACAAUCAGCUCACCUCUGAUGCCGUCUCUGGGGCUUUCAAAGGGCUGAAGAAGCUGCUGUCCCUGGAUGUGAGCCACAACAAGCUGAAGAAGCUGCCAGCCGGUGUCCCCAGUUCACUGGAAAUCCUCUAUGCUGACUACAACGACAUUGACAGUGUUGGAGCCGGAUACCUGAACAAGCUGCCGUCGCUGCGGUACCUAAGGAUCUCCCACAACAAGCUGGCCGACGCUGGGAUCCCUGCCGGAGUUUUCAAUGUGACGUCACUGCUGGAGCUGGACCUGUCGUUCAACAAGCUGCAGUCCAUCCCUGAGAUCAACAGUCAGCUGGAGCAAUACUACCUUCAGGCCAACGACAUCAGCAAGAUCGACAUGACAAGUUUCUGCAAGUUCGUCGAUUACAUCACGUUUUCCCAUCUGAAGCAUCUGCGUCUGGACGGCAACAACGUCACACACAGCAACAUGCCCCCCGACGCUGUCAACUGCCUGCGCCAAGCUUCAGAUAUCAUGUUUCAUUAAGGACCUCCCUCCAAUCUGUGCCCUUUAUGAUAUGAUUCAAAUCCAGGGUAUUAUAUGGUAUCUUCAUCCAUUCAAUACACACGAAUCUUCAACAAAUCUAAAGCUGGGCAAAUUGGAAAAUAAUUUUGAGUCAAAAACUUCAAAAAAAACCAAUAUAAAAAGUAAAUUACGAAAAAGUUGUAUAAAUAGAAAUCAAUGUAUAUGCUUUGAUUAGAAACACACACUUUAAACAUUCCUAACUUGUAUUCGAAUUGAGAUUUAACGGAGUAAGCAGCGGCUAACGUUCUCCACAGUCUCUUUUCAGUUGUCAUUUUGUUGUCCGUCUUGUACGUUCCAGUGUUUAGCAUGUAGAAUAUAAUAUGGGUACAAUGAUGAAUCCAUUGCUGUGCAAAGGACCAGCUAUAAUGAGGAUUGUGUACUCAGUGUUUAAUGCCUUUGGGGAGAAAUGAUGAUCAAAUUGUAAAAUAGUUGCAGUUGAAUUUUCAGCAUCUUACAGGAUUUUUUUGGGGGGGGAAAUUCCAGCGUUAACUCCUUGUCUGUCAAUAUUUACCAACUUAAAACUCGAUACCUUGAUGCAAAUGAGUCCCAGUGAUUGACUUGAGUGAUCAUCUUUCCUGUGGUGUCUUUUGGGAAUCACUUCAAACCCUGAACUAAAGCAGGAUUUUCAUGUUUCUGGUGUUGGAAAUGGAAUGAAUGACACAAGUAACACUGGCGUUGACCUCAAAAACACAUCCUCUCACUGAAUGUCUCUUUUAUCUUUCAGAAAUCACGAGUCAGAUUGUUUCUUCGUGUGACUUUAACUCCUCGCUGUCCCCUGUCAUGCACAUCGCUGCUUUGUAUACAACAUUUGCAUUUCUUGCAUGCAUCCCAUGGUACCAUUCUUUGAUAAUAAACUACAGCUUUUGCAGUUAAGGUGUUUUUUGCAGUUGAUAAAUGCUUUUUUUUAAAAGAAGAAGAAGAAGAACACAAAGUCAACUUGGCGACACGGUCGUGCUGAUUGAAUUCAUGUUCUGAGAAAAUGACAUUUUGUUCAGGUUUGUCUUGUCAUCGUGAUUUCUCAUGUGGCCUUUGACUCAGUUACUGCUCUUGGAUUUUUUUUUCUGUGAGGAAACCGAACACAGUUGAAUAAACUAUGUUUCCAAAA